UGGUGGCUUAUACAUGGGCUACCUAAACCCUCCGUCACCCGCGUGUAUCCCAGUAUAGGAGCCAAUAACGUACAAUCAUUGGUGGUUAUGACCGAGCUGUGAAAAGAAAAAAAAGAAAAAGAGAAAAAGAAGAAAAAAACGGAAAAAGAAAUGUCAAAGUCCCGUAAACUCGGGAGAUAGGAAUUAGGGGGUCAAUCCCCUCCUCCUCUUUGCAGCUACAUGCAUCCCGGGUACCGCGGUAGGCCAAAUCGAUGGCUAAGCGCAGCUAGUCGGACUGGAGUUAUUGCUUAUUACUUUCCAGCUUUCGUAUCUGGCCAGUCCUAUAUCGAUAGAUUGGGCUUUUUGUUGAAAUCCAUCCGUUUCAUCACAGAUAACGGAGUACCAUGGGCAGGGCAGAAACGGCAAACCCAAAUCAUUGUGUGGGGGGGCAAGGGAAGAAGGAACAUCAACAGCACUGGCAUCACAUCCAGUUCCUGCAUCGUGUGUUACACCCGUCUCUACCGUGACCCAGCAACCGUCGCCUCCCGCCUCCCGUCCCUUCCCCCCCUCGUCGCCUCGCCUCGAGAAAAAAAAAGGGCUUCUUGCCUGACGGAGGAUACACACAUAUGUAUGUAUGUACUUAUCGCCAACCCAAGAUCGAAUGUGCAGGUGCAGGUGCAGGAACCAAAAGGUGCAGCCAGCCUCAAAAGUCACAUUACCUUACCUAUCCGUCUCCCGCAACACUCAGCGAAGAGGCGAAGGCGGGCUAAGCGCUGCCUCCUGCGGGUAUCCAUAUCCUACAUCCCACCGAUAUCCUACAUCCCGCAUUCACACACACUCACUGCCACUGUCCCACUGCUGUGGCUCGGCCGGGAAGAGGUUGUCACCGACGCUGUCACGCUACGUCAACUUUCCUGCGGCCGGUGUGAAGGACGGGGACGAAUAAUGGAUGGAUAUAUGGAUGGAUGGAUAUAUGGAUGGAUGGAUAUAUGGAUGGAUGGAUAUAUGGAUGGAUGGAUAUAUGGAUGGAUGGAUGGAUGGAUGCUCCCUGGGCUCUAAAAGGCUCUGGGCAUUGGGCUUUCGGGUCUAGACUGUGGACUCUGAACUGAACUGGACUGGACUGAACUUGACUCUGUCCUCUGUCCUCUGAACUCUGGACUCUUCUGAGUGCUGCAUGGGAGUACCUCUAGCAU